GGGAAAGGAGGAGUAGAAGCAUCGGGUGCAUCUCGUCUCCGCGUCCCGCUGCCAUUCCUUCCUUCCUUCCUUCCUUCCUCUGCUCUGGCCUUCUUCCUCCUUCCCCAAGGCGAGAAUCCGCGGCGGAUUGACCCGAUUUCGAUCCCGUCUCCAGAUUUCCCCUCCACCUCCACCUCCAGACACCCACCGCAAUCCGCUCCCCCUCAACGUGCGCGCUCGCGCGCUCCCACUCGCCCCCAUCCUUAUUAAUUCCCCUUCCCUUCCCCACCUCUAAACCUCCUCCUCCCCUCUUCCUCCCCGGCCUCGGCCUCGUCCCCGUCCCCGUCCCGCAACGCCGCCGCAUUGCUCGGCCGCGGCGUCGAUCUAGACUCUCUAGAGGCGUCUGCAUUUCUGUGUCUUCUUGUUCGGUUCGAUUUGGCUUGGUGCUCGAUCCGAGGGGCGGGGGAGAAAUGUGGGUGGCGGAGCGGGUGCUGGGGGAGCGCCGGAUGCGGGAGAUCCAGCGCUUCACCCGGAACGCCAAGCUCACCGUCGUCUGCCUCAUGCUCACCAUCCUCGUGCUCCGCGGCACCGUCGGGGCGGGCAAGUUCGGCACGCCGCAGCAGGACCUCACCGAGCUGCGCCACCGCUUCAUCUCCCACCCGCAGCGCGCGCUCUCCGAGCACCACGACGCCCGCUCCAAGGCCUCCGACGCCCAGGCCCAGGCCGCCCAGGCCUCCGCGGGGAAGGCCGCCGCCCGGGACGACGAGCCGGAGCCGCAGCCCAGGUCGCUCCGGGACCCGCCCUACACGCUCGGCCCCAAGAUCUCCGACUGGGACGAGCAGCGGGCCGCAUGGAACCGCCGCCACCCGGAGACCCCGCCCUUCCUCAACGACGUCAAGCCGCGGGUCAUGCUCGUCACGGGGUCCUCGCCCAAGCCCUGCGAGAACCCCGUCGGCGACCACUACCUCCUCAAGUCCAUCAAGAACAAGAUCGACUACUGCCGCAUCCACGGCCUCGAGAUCUUCUACAACAUGGCGCUGCUCGACGCCGAGCUCGCCGGCUUCUGGGCCAAGCUCCCGCUCCUCCGCGCGCUCCUCCUCGCUCACCCGGAGGUCGAGUUCUUCUGGUGGAUGGACUCCGACGCCAUGUUCACCGACAUGGCCUUCGAGCUGCCGUGGGAGCGCUACGGCCCCUACAACUUCAUCCUGCACGGCUGGGACGAGAUGGUCUACGACGACAAGAACUGGAUUGGUCUCAACACCGGCAGCUUCUUGCUGCGCAACUGCCAAUGGUCGCUCGAUUACCUCGACACCUGGGCGCCCAUGGGGCCGAAGGGCCCUGUUCGUAUUGAGGCUGGGAAGGUGCUCACCAAGUACCUCAAGGACCGACCGGUCUUUGAAGCCGACGAUCAGUCCGCCAUGGUGUAUAUCCUCGCUACCCAGCGUGAGAAAUGGGGUAACAAGGUGUAUCUCGAGAAUGGCUACUACCUCCAUGGCUAUUGGGGCAUCUUGGUGGACAGGUACGAGGAGAUGCUUGAGAAUUACCAGCCGGGGCUCGGCGAUCAUCGGUGGCCACUGGUCACUCACUUUGUCGGGUGCAAGCCAUGCUCCAAGUUUGGGGAUUACCCUGUUGAGCGGUGCCUCAAGCAGAUGGACCGGGCCUUCAAUUUCGGGGAUAACCAGGUGUUGCACAUGUAUGGGUUUGAGCACAAGUCUCUUGCGAGCAGGAGGAUCAAGAGGAUCAGGAAUGAGACCAGUGACCCUCUUGAUAUGAAGGAUGAUUACGGGUUGCUCCACCCAGCGUUCAAGGCCCUCAAGACUUCUACAUGAUAACUAUAGUACACUACUUCCACGUUUAUUUUGUUCGUUCGUUCUAGAUUCUCUUGGAUCAAAAUCCUAUAAUUCUUCUUUUUGUAGACUCAGGGUAACAAGGAAAUCUGGUUUUGGUAUCAGGGGACGGAUAUCUAUGUUGUACUGUGAAAUGUUAGAGAAUGAAGUUAUGUUGUUGAUGGCACAA